GGAGGAGGAGGGGGGCGGUACCCGCUGCGGCCCUUCAACUGCCACCCUCUCUUCUGCCACAGAUACCCCCAGUGUUACCCUCCGGUGGGCUAAACUUCACCGACAGCCGCGCAGAGACCCCGGGCAGACUGAGAGAUGGCCGGAGCGACGGGACCGAAGCGGCAGGACACCCGGAAAUUUUUCGAGAAUCUUUCUGGAGCUGGGAAAUGCAUCGCCGUGCUGACCAGCGGCGGAGAUGCUCAAGGCAUGAAUGGAGCUGUCCGGGCUGUGGUCCGAAUGGGGAUUUAUGUGGGAGCCAAAGUCUACUUUAUUCACGAGGGGUAUCAGGGGAUGGUAGACGGUGGAGACUACAUCAAAGAGGCGACGUGGGAAAGUGUCUCCAGCGUUCUGCAAGUGGGUGGCACUGUCAUCGGCAGUGCUCGUUGUAAAGAGUUUCGCUCCCAUGAGGGCAGACUAAAAGCUGCUCACAACCUCGUUCAGCGGGGCAUCACUUACCUGUGUGUGAUUGGUGGAGACGGCAGCUUGACCGGAGCCAACCUGUUCAGAGAAGAGUGGAGUGGCCUUUUGAAUGAACUCAUACAGCAAGGGCUCAUAGAUGAAGAGGCAGCCAGAAGUCACUCUCAUCUUCACAUUGUCGGUAUGGUUGGCUCUAUCGACAACGACUUUUGUGGCACAGACAUGACCAUUGGCACUGACUCAGCCUUGCAUCGGAUCAUUGAGGUGGUGGAUGCUAUCAUGACUACAGCUGGGAGUCACCAGAGGACAUUUGUGCUGGAAGUCAUGGGCAGACACUGCGGAUACCUUGCUUUGGUCAGUGCCCUCGCAUGUGGAGCAGAUUGGGUUUUUAUUCCAGAGAUGCCUCCUGAGGAUGGCUGGGAAGACAACAUGUGUCAGAAACUGUCUGAGAACCGUGCUGAUAAGAAAAGGCUGAACAUUAUUAUUGUAGCUGAGGGUGCCAUUGAUUGCCACAACAAGGCAAUAACCCCUGAUUAUAUCAAGGACCUGGUUGUGAGCUGCCUGGGUUUUGACACCAGGGUCACUAUCUUGGGCCACGUACAGAGAGGUGGGACUCCAUCUGCCUUUGACAGGAUUUUGGCCAGUCGAAUGGGCGUGGAGGCAGUGUUGGCAUUACUGGAGGCGUCCACCGACACACCUGCCUGUGUUGUGUCUCUAGUUGGCAACCAGGCUGUUCGACUACCGCUUAUGGAGUGUGUUCAGAUGACUCAAGAGGUACAGAAGGCCAUGGACGAGAAGAAAUUUGAUGAGGCGGUCAGACUGCGCGGCAGGAGCUUUGAAAAUAAUCUGAGCACCUACAGACUGCUUGCUUCUCAAACUGCUCGCUCCGAACUCCAAAAUAGCUCCUUUAACGUGGCGGUGAUGAACGUCGGCGCUCCGGCUGCCGGUAUGAAUGCCGCCGUGCGUUCUGCCGUCAGGGUGGGAAUCACAGAAGGCCACAAAAUGUUUGCUGUCAACGACGGCUUUGAGGGCUUCUACAAAGGACAGAUCAAGGAGAUCAAAUGGGGAGAUGUUGGGGGUUGGACUGGCCAAGGAGGAUCUCUGCUGGGGACAAAAAGAACUCUUCCAGCAAAACAUCUGGAUGCAAUUGCUGAGCAGAUGAGGAUCCAUAACAUCACUGCUUUACUUGUUAUAGGGGGAUUUGAGGCCUUUGAGUCCCUGCUGGAGCUGUACGAGGCCCGGGCCAACUACAAGGAGUUUUGCAUUCCCAUGUGCAUACUGCCUGCCACCAUUAGUAACAAUGUGCCGGGCACUGACCACAGUCUGGGAGCCGACACGUCGCUCAACGCCAUUGUGGAGACAUGCGAUCGCAUCAAGCAGUCUGCCAGCGGCACCAAGCGGCGGGUCUUCAUCAUUGAGACUAUGGGGGGCUACUGCGGCUACUUGGCCACGGUGGGCGGUCUGGCUGCAGGAGCCGACACGGUCUACAUCUACGAGGAGCCGUUUGACAUCCGCGACCUGCAGGCCAACGUGGAGCAUCUGACGCAGAAAAUGAAGACUAGCAUCCAGAGAGGCUUGGUGCUCCGAAAUGAGAAUUGCAACGAAAACUUCACCACUGAUUUCAUCUACCAGCUGUACUCUGAAGAAGGUCGAGGCGUGUUUGACUGCAGGAAGAACAUCCUGGGUCACAUGCAGCAGGGCGGCGCUCCGUCUCCCUUCGACAGAAACUUUGGCACCAAGGUUGCAGCUAAAGCCAUACAGUGGAUCACACGGACACUCAAGGAGUCAUACAAAGAAGGGAAAGUGUUCACCAACUCAGAGGACACCGCCUGCCUGCUGGGGAUGCGCCGAAGGGCGAUGGUCUUUCAACCUGUAGCUCAACUCAGGGAAGAGACUGACUUUGUCCACCGGAUCCCGAAGGAGCAGUGGUGGCUCAAGCUCCGUCCCUUGAUGAAAAUCCUGGCCAAGUACAAGACGAGUUACGACGUGUCCGACGCCGGCCAGCUGGAACACGUGACCCGGGUGCGGCCCAAAGAGAACGACGCCUCGGCCGCGAUCUGAACCACUGCCAAACGGCUUUACUCCCACAGGAAACCUGCUUCACAUUUCAGUGGCAGCUGCUCACACUGAUUGAUUCCUGCAUAUAUAUAUAUAUGUAAGGAAAGAUUAUAAAGGAUAGAGGUAAAAUUUAUAAAAGGAUUUAUUGUAUGAGUGUGGCACUUUUCAGAAGGAAUGUUACAUUUUUUAGUUAAAAUUUGACGAGGGUCAUUUGGAAAGAGUAUUCAUUUUAAGCAAGCUAACAUCUAAGAAAGCUUAGGUAUCCAAAGUUAUUAUACAUAAAUAUAAUAUAAUAUAUGCAGUACUCAUGAUGUAUUUAGGUUUUAGUGCCCCAAAUGUAGCCAUGUCUAAUUAUUGUUUUGUGUGAACACAUCUCAGCCGGGGAUGAAAAUCUUUGAUUAAAUUUGGCUUUUAUCACCUUCACCUGCACUUUGAACUACGUAGUCAAUGUUAUCACCCAAAAGCUGCUUUUAAAAAGGGAAUCAAUGUCUGGCGAAUCACGCGCACUCUCGAGAAUGUCCUGGAAAAUGCUGUAACCCUGAAGGCUUCAGAGUGAGCAGGUGUGUGUACGGUCGAAAGCUAACUGUACGUGUGUGUCGUGUUGUUGCCUUGGCUGCUUGUAUCCAUCCUGGGCUUUCUGUGUUUUCACCGUAUAGUUUUUAUUCAUGCAGGCUGUUGCUGUAGCAAAGCAAAGUAUUUGGAGGAUGUGUGGAACAGCCCAUUGAUAGCGUUAACGUGACGUGAGUGUCCUGUUUCAGAGUAAAUAAAGCUUUUAUGGUGUGGAAAUGCUGAA